UAACAUUCAUUAUUGAGAGCGGACGUGUUUUUUGUUUGCUGCACAAAAACAAAAGGUGCGAAACGUGCCAGGAUAUUUGCAACACUCGUAUUUUAGUUAAUUUGUGUGCACUCGGCAACGGGAUCAGCAGCAAACCUGUUGAUUGAAAUGCAACACGCGCAACGCAAUAACAAUACCAACAACAACAAAAACGAACAACAACAAUUUAACUAGCAAAUAUCAAAAUUGUCAAGAAGUCAUAACAACACAAGCAACAAGAAUCGUUCAACUAGUGCAAAUUAUAUACAUACAUAAACCCAAACAAAAUUCUUAACAAAAUAUCAAAAUUCAACGCAAUUAAAUUUCCAAGCAAUAGUCAGCAAAAAAAAAAUUAAGAAUUAAAAAUUAAUAACAACAACAUCAAACGUCCAGCAAAAUAAUAACAACAACAGCAAGACGAAGAAGAAGAAAAAGUCGACGAAAUAGAAGCAAAGAUAAAGAAUUUGUUUUUGCGCUGUCCAGUGAAAUACGAGAGGCCGCGCUAAGAAGAAGCAGCAUAGUGUAGACCGGGAGAGAGAGAGAGAGUGCAGCACGGAGCAGAACAACAGUAAACAACGGCAACAAAAAUGUCGGCGACAAUUGUACAAAAUUCAACUGGAACUGCAAAUAUCGUUGGCAAUACACACUAUUUCGAAUGCGAUGACAUAUUCCAAACGGUUGUCAGUGAUAUGCAGCAGCAGCAGCAACCGGAUCACAUCCUGGACGCCAGCAUGGAUCAGCACCUAAGCGAUAAGGAUCAUCUUCAGCAGCAGCAGCAGCAGCAGCAGCAGCUGUUGCAUCAGCAGCAUCAUCGCUUGCAUGGACCGUUAACGCGCACCAUCUCACAGCCGGCUCAGCGGCUGAGCCAAUUGACACAACAGCAACAACAACAGCAACAGCAGCAGCAGCAGCAACAACAGCAGCAGCCGCAAGUUGCUUCGCUGGUGACCAUCAUUGAGAAUCUGAGCAACAUAACGCUGCACCGCAAGUUGGAGCGCACGCAGUCGGAGCCGCUGCCGCCGCAGCAGCCAAUGAACACAUCGCGCUACAAGACGGAAUUGUGUCGUCCGUAUGAGGAGGCCGGCGAAUGCAAAUACGGCGAAAAGUGUCAAUUCGCCCACGGCUAUCACGAGUUGCGCAACUUGCAGCGUCAUCCCAAGUACAAGACCGAAUAUUGUCGCACCUUUCACAGCGUCGGCUUCUGUCCCUACGGACCGCGCUGCCACUUUGUGCACAAUGCGGACGAGGCGCGUGCGCAGCAGCAGCAGCAGCAGCAGCAACAACAACAACAGCAGCAGCAGCAGCAACAACAGGCGGCCAAAACGUUCCAGAAGCCCGCCCAACUGAUCAGCAACAACAACAACAACAACAGCAACAACAACAACACAAGCAUCAGCCAAUACUUUUUGCCGCUGAGCCCGCCGCUGAGCAUGAGCACCGGAUCGGAUCGCGAAUCGCCGACCGGCUCCCUUUCGCUGUCGCCGACAAAUUCGCUGACAAAUUUUCCAUUCCAUGAGGCGGCCGCCUAUUUGAGUAUGCCCAAUAAUUGUAACGGUACGAUCAAUGGGCAUGCCUCCGCCUCUGCCUCUGGGUCUGCGUCUGCCUCUGUUUCCGUUUCCGCUUCCGUCUCCUGUUCGGGAUCGUCGGCAUCGUCGACAUCCUCGGCGUGCGGCUUGGCGCCGGCCACGCCUCCGGAUAGCCCGAAUGCGCCCAUAUCGCCGGUGCAUACGCCGCCGCCGCCGACAGCGCAGUACGAGAACUGCAACAACAACAACAACAGCAACAACAACAACAACAACAACAACAACAACAACAACAACAAGCAGCUGCUGCAAAAGAGCAUCAGCUCGCCGUUGCAACAACAGCACGAGGAGGCGCCACGGUUGCCAGUUUUUAAUCGUUUGAGCUCAUCGACGGCCGCCACAAUUUUAUUGCAAAAAUCUCAGACAAUUAAUCGAUAUCCGAUCAUUCCGCAGGAGAAUUUCAUGUAAAUGGCGGCGCGUCGCUUUGUGGUGAAUACGAUUUUAAACGAAACUCACCACACGCUGCCAACGGCCUUUCACCACAUCCCCACGGCUCUUCCACCCCCCUCUUCUCUCUCCAGCCAACACACACACACACACACACACACACACACGCACACACACACUCUCUCUCUCUAUCCAUCUAUCUAUCUCUCACUCUCUCUCUCUCUAUCUCUCUCUCUCCCUCAUUUACUCACUGACUCAAACAAGAUCUUAUAUAUAUUUA